GGAGUAGAUAGGCAGCUCAACUCCAACUUUGCCUCCAUAUUUUUAUUCAUUUGGUGAUAGAGUUUGCUUCGCAUGUAUAUAGCAUACAUGAUCGUGUCACCAAUUUCCAUGAAACUUCAAAACUCUGAAUCAUCGGUCACUACUUUUUGGUUGUGUCUUCUUUUGUUCGGUGUUCAUGGCGGAGCACGGCUGACACUGCCGAAAAAUGUUAAUGUGCCGGCUGUUAUAGCGUUUGGUGACUCAAUUGUGGAUCAAGGAGCCAACAAUAAUCUAAACACUUUGGUUAAAUCAAAUUUUUCUCCCUACGGAAAGGAUUUUGUCGACGGAAAAUCAACCGGAAGAUUUUCCAAUAAUAAAACUCCAGCUGAUAUGAUCGUUAAUGAACUAGGGAUAAAAGAACAUUUACCGGCAUAUCUUCAGCCAUCCCUUGAUGAGAAAGAGCUUCCAACUGGUGUAAGCUUUGCUUCUGGUGGGUCCGGAUAUGAUCCUCAAACACCCAAGCUAGUGGGGGUUUUCUCAUUUGCUGACCAACUAAAACAAUUCAAAGAAUAUAUAGAGAAGCUCAAGCGUAUAGUUGGAGAAGAAAGAACCCAAAACAUAUUAGCAAACAGCAUGUUCUUGGUGGUUGCAGGAAGCGAUGAUCUUGCUAAUACUUACUUCACUAUCGGAAUUAGGAGAUUACAAUAUGAUAUCCCUUCUUACACGGAACUUAUGGUAUCAUCAGCGUCGAACUUCAUACAGGAUAUAUACCAACUUGGAGCAAGAAGAAUAGCGGUCUUUGGUGCACCCCCAAUAGGAUGUUUACCUUCUCAAAGAACUCUUGGGGGUGGUGGGCUUAGAGUUUGUGCAGAAGAAUACAACAAAGCAGCAGAAAUAUAUAACAAGAAGUUGCAACAAGAGCUUGUGUACCUAACAAAGACUCACGCACAAUCUAGGAUCCUCUAUCUCGACAUAUACAACCCCAUUCUUGCAAUUAUUGAAAACCCUGUCCAAUAUGGAAUAGAAGUUGUGGAUAGAGGCUGUUGUGGCUCAGGAAAGAUAGAGGUUUCGGUUUUAUGCAACCACUUACUCCCGACAUGUUCUGAUGAUUCAAAAUACCUUUUCUGGGACAGUUAUCAUCCUACAGAUAAAGGAUAUAGCAUCCUCGUAAAUCAACUGCUUGAAAAAUAUAUUAACGAUUUCUUUUGAGGUUGCUAUGGACCAAAGACUCUCAUAAGUGAACCGAGGAAUGAUGUUGUUUGACUUAUCUAUAAUAGGGAUUAGUUUACUAGUUUAAAGUAUCUUUUUACAGGGACGAUUUUAUUUUUAUCAAUAUGUGACACGUCCUUUAUAUGAAAUACUUGUUUUUUCCCU